GAACACCAGGAAGUCAUACAAUGGGACAAACAGCAAAUGAAGAUUCAAUGGAAGUCAAGAAGGAGAGUCAAGAGAAAACUCCUCACUCAAGCACAUCAUCUGUGCAAAAUGAUGAUUUUCAGUGGGACAAAUAUUUGAAAGAGACUGGAUCUUUAAGUGCUCCUGCAGAAUGCUUCAGACAGUCUAAGAUUCCACCAGCAAAUGACUUCAAAGUUGGUAUGAAAUUGGAAGCUCGUGACCCUCGCAAUGUUACUUCAGUAUGUAUUGCUACAGUUAUUGGAAUUACUGGGGCCAGAUUACGUUUACGACUGGAUGGCAGUGACAACAGAAAUGAUUUUUGGAGACUUGUCGAUUCCCGGGACAUACAGCCUGUUGGGACAUGUGAAAAAGAAGGAGACUUACUUCAGCCUCCACUGGGCUACCAGAUGAAUGCAUCAUCAUGGCCGAUGUUCCUUUUGCGAACACUGACAGGAUCUGAAAUGGCACCUGCAACUUUCUUUAAGCAGGAACCACCAAAGCCACCCAUAAAUAAUUUUAAAGUGGGGAUGAAACUGGAAGCUAUUGACAGAAAAAACCCAUACUUGAUCUGUCCUGCAACCAUUGGAAAUGUUAGAGGAGACGAAGUUCAUAUCACGUUUGAUGGAUGGAGUGGAGCAUUUGAUUAUUGGUGCAAGUAUGAUUGUCGAGAUAUUUUUCCAGUUGGGUGGUGCUGCCUAACAGGAGAUGUAUUGCAACCACCAGGAAAUAGUGUUCCUAUUGCAAAGAACAUAGGAAAAACACAGUCUUCUUCUUCCAAAGCGGCCCAGCAGUCAAUGCAGCCUCCACAGAAAACUGCUAUAGUACAACCAACGCAGCAGGUCAAGAAAUCAGGUCGAACUAAAUCACCUGGACAUACUUCAGUCUCCAAGAAGGGCAGUUCUCUUAAAAAUCCCACACCAAAGAAAAAAGGCUCAGGAAAAAAGGAGAAAUGUAUUCCUGUGUUGUGUUCAACAUCUUCAGCUUCUCUAAGUUCUCUGUCCAGAAACCGUGGUAGUUCAUAUGAUACGGAUGCCAUUCCUGGGACAUCUAAAAUAGUGAUGUCUACAGUCUGUGUCUAUAUAAACAAACAUGGAAACUGUGGUCCACACCUGGAUCCGAAGAGAAUCCAGCAGCUACCUGACCACUUUGGCCCAGGCCCUGUAAAUGUGGUGCUCCGUCGGACUGUGCAGGCCUGUGUGGAUUGUGCCUUUCAGUCUAAGACUGUUUUUGGAUAUCUUAAGCCAGAUAAUCGUGGAGGAGAAGUGAUAACUGCCUCUUUUGAUGGGGAAACUCAUUCCAUUCAGCUUCCUCCUGUGAAUAGUGCAUCAUUUGCUCUUCGCUUUCUUGAGACUUUCUGCCACAGCCUGCAGUGUGAUAACCUUUUGAGCAGCCAGCCUUUCAGCUCCUAUAAAAGGAAUAUUCAUAGCCCUACAGAGCUUGAUAAAGAUAAAUCAGUGAAAGAGGAAAUAACAGGAAAGAAAAGCAUCAAACGAUCUCCUCAGCAACCUGUACCUUGUAGUGUUCCUGUCUCUCCUAAGCUGCUCAAAACAAAGAUGCAUGCCUCUAAAGAAGAAUUACUAUCUCCUGAGGGAGAGGGCAUGCCCAAAGAGGAAAAUCUCCCUGGAGAUUCUUUGAAUCCUGCCUGUAGAAAUCUUAUGCAAACUUCAUUCUACAAGGAUUUUCCUCAGAAUGUACCAGGCACCUCAAGUUCGACACUAGUUGGGACCAAAUCAUCUCCCAAGAGCAGUUACUCUGAAGAUAAAUUCCAAAUGCAGAAGAAGAGUGAAGCUCCAAGUUAUAUAGCUGUACCUGACCCCAGUGUCCUGAAUCAAGGCUUCUCUAAGGACCCUUCAACCUGGUCUGUGGAUGAAGUGAUACAGUUUAUGAAACAUACAGAUCCUCAGAUAUCAGGCCCCCUCGCCGACCUCUUCAGGCAACAUGAAAUUGAUGGGAAGGCUCUGCUGCUACUGAAGAGUGAUGUGAUGAUGAAGUAUAUGGGGCUGAAGCUGGGACCAGCAUUAAAGCUAUGUUACUACAUUGAAAAACUUAAAGAAGGAAAAUAUGAUUGA